GGCAGUUGAAUACGUACAGUCGUUCUGAUAAGGUUGUAAUAGUUAAGUCUGUUGUGAAAUUAGUGAUUCGAAAGAUUGUGAGCAAAGUGAAAUUAAAAUAUAGUCUUCUUUGUAAAAAUUAUCAGAACUUGAAAGCGACGUCGACAAUGAAGUCGAUAUUGACGGCAUACAAGGUGGAAAGAUGAUAGACGAAUGGGUGAUUAACCCUGACGAUGAACGAUCGGAUGGAGAUUACGUGAAGUAUCUCAAUGACUUAAAGGUUAAUAAGAAUGGAGAGGAAAUGAGUGACGUCAUCAUCGAGACAUUCUCAUAUCUACCUAACAAAAGACUGGAGAAAAUAGAAGAAAUCUUACCGGAAGAUUUCGAGGAAGAAGAUGAGAGUCAGAUAAGGGUUAGACGCCAAGUGAAUGAGACCGCAGAAGAAGUAAAAAAUUCCACUGAUUCACUUAUCGGUCUGGAUGCAAAACCUGUUACCGUUUCCAAUGUUACAUUGAAGGUGCUAGGUUUGAGAGUGGAGGAAUCGCAGAAGGAACCGAAAAUCGUUGACGAGGUGAUACCGAGCGUGCUCCGGGACACAACGUUCACUCUCAGGUUGUUCGGGGAGGGCUUCACUGAGCACACUGAGAUAGCGUUUACGCAUGUUCCCGAGGAUUACGGCACUCUGUGUCACUUCCUAUUGCCAGGGGAGUACAAGGUCAAAGAAGUCAGCGGCGACGCAGCUCUAUUUGAGCUUACAGCCCCGUUGCCUCUAGAAGACUACCGAUUCUAUAUAUGCGCGAGGAAUUCCGCGAAGGAUGAAUUCAUCCACCAGGGCCGCGAGAAGUGGAAGAUCCUUGGCACCCAUAACAAACUGUUACCACUGUGGGUCUCCUUAAUACUCAUUGUGGUCUUGCUGAUGCUGGCUUCGCUGUUCUCCGGUCUGAACCUCGGUCUCAUGGCUCUGGACAGGACGGAACUGAAGAUCAUCGUCAACACCGGCACCGAGAAGGAGAGGAGAUACGCGCGGGCCAUCAUGCCGGUUCGGGCCCACGGCAACUAUCUCCUGUGCACCAUCCUGCUGAGUAACGUAGCCGUGAACAGCACUUUCACUGUCAUCCUGGACGACCUGACGUCUGGACUGGUCGCCGUUAUCGGUUCGACGCUGGCGAUUGUGUUUAUCGCCGAGAUAACGCCGCAGGCGAUAUGCGCUCGACACGGUCUAUUUAUAGGUGCCAAGAGUAUCUGGAUUAUGAAGAUUGUGAUGGGUAUCUGUGCUCCGCUCGCUUGGCCCACUAGCAAACUCCUGGACUACUUCCUCGGCGAGGAGAUUGGCACGCACUACAACAGGGAAAGGCUAAAGGAGCUUGUUAAGAUUACGAACCAUGUCAAUGACUUGGACAAAGAGGAGGUGAACAUCAUCUCCGGGGCCCUAGACCUCCGCAAGAAGACGGUGAGGGAUGUGAUGACUAAGCUCAAGGACUGUUUUAUGCUGCCCAUCGACAGUGUGCUCGACUUCGAGACCAUGUCCGAGAUCGUCAAGUCUGGUUACUCCCGCAUCCCGGUGUACGAGGGCAGCCGCGGCAACAUCGUGACGGUGCUCUUCAUCAAGGACCUGGCCUUCGUGGACCCUGACGACAACACACCGCUGAAGACGCUCUGCCAGUACUACCAAAACCCGUGCAACUUCGUCUUCGAGGACGUCACGCUCGACGUCAUGCUUAAGCAGUUUAAGGAAGGUCACAAAGGUCAUAUGGCGUUCGUCCAGCGCAUUGAAGAAGGCGACGGUGAUCCAGUUUACGAGACUGUGGGUCUGGUCACCCUUGAGGAUGUCAUCGAGGAGAUGAUCCAAGCGGAGAUCGUCGACGAGACAGACGUCAUCAGUGACAACCGAACGAAGAAGCGUUUGACGCGUCCGCUGAACAAGUUCCAGGACCUGGCGGCGUUCGCCGGUCACCAGGCCCACCGCGUCCACGUCUCUCCGCAGCUGGUGCUCGCCGCGUUCCAGUUCCUCAACACUAGCGUGGACCCAUUCCGUCCGGAGAUGAUCUCGGAGACCGUGCUCCGCAGACUCCUCAAGCAAGAUGUCAUCCAGCACAUCAAGCUGCGAGGCGACGAAGAGAAGAACGACCCGAAGAGAUACGUCUUCCAAGAGGGCAAGCCGGUGGACUACUUCGUGCUGAUCCUCGAAGGUCGCGUGGAGGUGACGGUGGGCCGCGAGAACCUCGUCUUCGAAGCUGGACCCUUCACGUACUUCGGGGUGCAGGCGUUGACCCAGAACGUGGGACUCGCGGAGUCUCCCGCACCCUCGACCCUGGGCUCUCUCCAGAACCUGAACAUGGACUCGAUGCUGCGUCAAACCUUCGUGCCGGACUAUUCGGUGCGAGCGAUCGCGGACCUCUACUACCUCACCAUCAAGCGAUCCCUGUACCUGGCAGCCAAACGUGCCACCCUGAUGGAGAAGGGGGCCCUCAACAAAGGGGGGACCAACGAGCAAAUCGAGCCCGAGGUUGACAAGCUUCUGAGGGAAGGCGACAAAAUGGAAGAAAUCCCUGAAAUAGAGAAGCCACCAAGACAGUUUAUACCGACGUCUUCCAGUCUCCUAACUAACUCUACAUUCAAAAAGGUAGAAAAAGACCGUAGCAACCCAGAAGAAGAGAAGCUGCUGAAAAAGUAGAAAAAUCGACAUGGCAACACCGCGCCGACAAUGACAAAUACCGAGUUCAAUGCUAAGAUAAUUUAACAUUUAGAUUAUUUACGAUUAACAUGUUUUAGGUAGAAGUGUAUUUGAGCGUUCACUAUAAGUAAAUUUUGUUAAAAAAAAUAGUUUAUAUUAUUUAACUGCGCAUUUGUCGUGAAUUUUAAACCUAGCUUAGUCUGUAGGUACUGUACUUAUUGCCUUUAGAUACACAAUCAGUGACAAAAAUGUCCUUACGGAAUGAGCGCCCACUCGAACAUUUGGGUGCGCUUUUAAUCUAGUAACAUUCGAAUGCUCCGACGGUAAACAUGCCACAGUGCUCGUUUAAAAAGUGUAAAAAUCACACAUCCAGGACGCUAAAAAAUAAUAUUAUCAUUAUUUAAUUGUUAUUACUGUAUUGUAAAUACUGAUAUUUUGUCAAGAAAUCAUCGUAAAAACAUUUUCUAAAUUAAUAACUCAUUCCUUGUUCAAGCGACGAGCCUCUGUCGUAAAAUUAGAUUGUUUUUUAUUGGCACUUUGUAAUUCUGACUUAAAACAUGCGUGUAAGGUUGAAUUUGUUUUGAUAUAGUUUGACCAGCGAGUAUCGGUCAUAAAAAUGUAUUGCUUUUUGUACGUAGUUUUGUGAAUACAACUUUAGACAAUGCAUUUAAGGUUGAAUUUACAUUAAUGUAUAUUUAUUUCAACUAGAAUUACGUCAAAAAAAUUGGCGACAGUUUUUGGAUAACUUUUGUAUGGGAUUGUGUAACUAGUUUUUUAUUAGUGAUCGAAGGAUCGGAAUCAUGACGGCGCUUUUGCCGCCAUUUUUGACAUUAGUGACGUCAUACCGAGAUAAUAAUACCUGUGUCUAUUAAACAAUUCGAGAAUUGUUUAAUAGACACAGGUUCAUAACUCAGCGAAAUUCCUGGCGUUAACUCAGUACUCAGGCGCUUACUGCGCCGGUUCAUUGUGUUAACUCUAAAGUCCGCCAAAGCUGUCUGUAAAAUUUGUUAAGCCAUCAACUCUUUC